UCCCGCACAGGCCUGCCGUCUGUUGUCAGCGGACGGAGAGGGAGGAAAGAACAUGGCGGCGACGAGCGAACUGAAGCGGGGCGCCGGGCGUUCGUUUUGAGCGUUCUCGCGUUAACCGAGACCGCGGCUCCGCGGGACUAGUGCAUCCUCACCCGCGCGGGAUCAACUUUGCAGUGGUGCCCGAAAUUCCGGGUUUGGUGCGUGUAAAGUGCAGGCAAAACGCGAAACUGAGGAGAAUAGAUUUUUAUCCAUAAUGAGGGGGAGACGAGGCAGGCCGCCCAAAGCGCAGCUAAUGCAGGAGCCCACAACGGGGCCGGUGCGCGGUCUGAGACCCCGCCGGGGCUUGAGGGCGAAGCCGAAAGGGACCUGCGAUGAGGAUUAUGUCACCCCUAAACGGGGGACCCAUCAUCAUUCAACACGAGGCCGGAGGAAAGCUCAAUCCGCGGCAUCGAGGGCCAGAGGAAGAGGCAGGGGAACGGCCAGAGGCAGGGGGCGGCGGAACGCCGCGAGCGGGGUGGUUUACGACGACCACGAGAGCGACGAUGAGGAUGAAGAUGCGGUCAGUUUGAGAUCGGACGAGGAAGAAUACAUAGAGGAGCGUCUGACGGACGAAGAGGAGGAAGAAGAAGAAGAGGAGGAGGAGGCCAACGACGAGACCGACUACCUGGAGGAACUGGACGAUUUGGUAGAAGACGAUGCCAGUUACUGCACGGAGAGCAGCCACGGCAGCAACGCAGUAGGUCGUAAAAGACCAAGACCCAGGCGACCACCUUCUCCUAUUCUGGAGCAGAAGGAGAUUCCUCCUCUGGAGCUGCCCAGUUCCUCCGAGGACAUUCUCAUUCCCAACGAGCAGCUACUCAACGCUUCGGCUGUUUACGAGGUCCUUCGCAGUUUCUGCACUGUCCUGCGUCUCUCCCUGUUCCGUUUCGAGGACUUCUGCGCUGCUCUGGUUGGACAGGAGCAGUGCACACUGAUGGCGGAGACGCACAUCUGCCUGCUCAAGGCCAUCUUAAGGGAGGAGGACACCUCUAACACCACUUUUGGACCAGCGGACCUCAAGGACAGCGUCAACUCCACACUCUACUUCAUCGACGGCAUGACUUGGCCAGAAGUGGUGCGUGCGUAUUGCGAAAGCGACCCCGAGUAUCACCACGUGCUCCCUGACCUGGAGGGUGAAGACUAUCCGUUCAGCCCGCUGGAGAGCAAAGUCAAGGUCUUGCAGUUCCUGGUGGACCAGUUUCUCACCACCAACCUGGCCCGCGAGGAGCUCAUGUCCGAGGGCGUCAUCCAGUACGACGACCACUGCCGGGUUUGCCACCGGCUCGGCGACCUGCUGUGCUGUGAGACCUGCUCGGCCGUGUAUCACCUGGAGUGCGUGAAGCCUCCUCUGGAGGAGGUACCCGAGGACGAGUGGCAGUGUGAGAUCUGUGUGGCACACAAUGUGCCCGGCGUGACAGACUGUCUGACCGAGUUCCAGAAGAGCCGGCCAUACAUCCGGCAGGAGCCCAUUGGUUACGACCGACAUCAAAGAAAAUACUGGCUUCUCAACAGGAGGGUUAUUGUAGAGGAAGAUGGUGAGGAUGAAAAUAAGCAGAUCUGGUACUACAGCACUAAAGUCCAGCUGGCUGAGUUGUUGGAGAUUCUGGAUAAAGACUACUGGGAGAAUGACCUCUACUCUGUGCUGGAGGAGAUGAGAGAGGAGAUUCACUCUCACAUGGACAUUACUGAGGAGCUCACUAACAAGGCCCGGGGGAAUAACAAGGCAUACCUCACCGUUGCCAACGAUGUGAUCCUGGACCGUCUGAAGACCAAGCAGGAAGCGGAGCUUGAGGAGGUGAAGCGACGAGCGGCAGAGGAGGCCGAGAGGGCCAGACUGGAAUCGAAAUCUGUGGCUGGUGAACCAGAUGCGGCCGAUCAGAUGAACUCGAACGGAUCAUGUCCACAACAGGACUCCAGUAACGGGAAUGCAAUGAAUGAGCAAACUUCUGCAGAUGCCUCAGUCUCAGCUGUCCCAACUGGUGAGGUGGGCAGCACUAAUGUUCCUGAGCUCGCUGCAUCCAGCUCGGCCAUACCGACUAAAUCUGACUUCCAGAAUCCCACGGGAAAUGCCGUGACAUCGUCUUCCAGUGGUGAGGAGAGAGGGGAAGGGACUGAAGGGGUGACAGAGUUGGCAGUUAAGAGCUCAGAGUCUGCUGGUCACGGAGAAGGAGAUUCUGUACUAGACACUGAACCUGCACAAACAGCGGAUGAGAACAGCUGCAGUAGUCAUUUCUCCAUUUCUGAAUGCCUGCGAGGUCCAGAAGAGCCUGACCUGGUGGACCGGUCCUCACAGUCUUCUCUCAACAGCCAAGACGAUACAGGUGAGGGUAAAGCUAAUGGAGAUAGCGGAAAAACAGGAUCGUCGCGCAUGAUUACACGACUCCGAAACCCUGAUAGCAAGCUAAGCCAACGCAAGGUCAUGCAGGACAAAGAUGGCAGCUCUCAAGAUGGUAGCAGAGCACUUAAAGAGACUCCUCCACUGUCAUCCUUUGGCUCUUUUAAGAGAGAUUCAAACAAGAGCAGUGGCUUUUUCAAACUGGGCCAAGAGGGUAAAUUUCGUGUCUACCACAAUCAGUACAGCACUAACACGCUUGCACUGAACAAGCACCAACACCGUGAGGACCACGACAAACGCAGACACCUCUCCCACAAGUUCUGCAUGACCCCUGCUGGUGAGUUCAAGUGGAACGGAUCGCUGUACGGCUCCAAAGCCCUGACUGUGUCCACACUGAGAUUAACCAUCAUCCAGCUGGAGAACAAUAUCCCUGCUCCGUUCUUGCAUCCCAACUGGGCGUCACAUAGGUCAAACUGGAUAAAGGCUGUCCAGAUGUGCAGCAAGGCGAGAGAGUUUGCUUUAGCUUUGGCCAUUCUGGAGUGUGCAAUCAAACCAGUGGUCAUGCUCCCUAUGUGGAAGGAUUCUCUGGGUCACACAAGGCUUCAUCGCAUGACCUCUGUGGAGCGGGAAGAGAAGGAGAAGGUGAAAAAGAGAGAGAAAAAACUAGAAGAUGAAGAGACUAUGCAGCAGGCCACAUGGGUGAAGUACACUUUCCCCAUCAAACACCAGGUGUGGAAGCAGAAGGGGGAGGAGUACAGAGUAACUGGGUAUGGAGGCUGGAGCUGGGUGAGUAAGACGCACGUCCAUCGCUUUGUCCCAAAGCUACCUGGAAACACCAAUGUCAAUUACCGGAAAGCACUUGAGGCAGCUAAAACGGGAAUGGGCAAUCAAGCAGUUCUCCCAGAAAUACCAAAAACUUUGGUUAAAACCGAUGAAAUUUCAUUUCAAAAUGUGCCUGAAAAGGAUAACGUCCAGGACACGUCACUGGAUUCUUCUGAAGAAAAGCUACCUGUGGAGAAAGAUCCCAUGUUAAAAGAUGAAGAACAAAAUGAAGAAAAAGAGAAUGAAACGGCUGAAAAAAAGUGUGCUGAGAAAAAUGAAUCUGUGGAAGAAAUGGACACCAGCUCACCUAACUCUGUAAAUGAUGAAGCAGCUAACAUUAUAAAUGCCUCAUCCGAUGACUCUCCUUUGAAAGGAGAGCCUUCGGAUAGUGAGGUAAUGAAGGAUAGUGCUCUAAAUCAACCCCAGCAAUCCUUCUGGCAUGAUGUUGUGAAUGUCAGUGAAGGCUUCUUGCUACGCACGGCAUACAAGAAAAGGAAGACAUCAAAACUUGAUGGACUUUUGGAGAGACGGGUCAAACAGUUCACCAUAGAAGAGAAGCAGAGGCAUGAGAAACUCAAGCAGGCCACCAAUUCUAAACCCUUGACUGAAAAGAUAAUGGAAAACAAGGAGACAACCUUUGCUGCUGAAGACCAAAAGGUCAAGAUUGAAGGAACUAUCUCUGAAACUCCAAAGUCUAGACAGACAGAGGGGGUAGCAUGUCUAGCAAUCCAAGAAAAAGACAAUGUGGUCAAAAAGCUUGAUUUUAAUCAAGAGGAUGAACAGGUGAAGACAAGCAUUUCAGGACAGAAGAACAUCCUGGACGUCAGAUUAAAUGACUCAGUGUGUGACUUAGCCCCUAAAGAACAUCAGCAGAAGUUGCUAGAGUCCGAACCUAAGACCGCCAGUAGGGUGGCAAUGUCUGAGCUUAAUGGAAACUCUCAAAGUCUGGAUCAAAGCUUGAACGCUAAACCUGAUAAAACAGUUACAGAAACUACAUGUCCGCCUGAAGUCUCUGAGAGAAAGGAUGUCAUUGAAAACAAUGAGAAUGACCUAGAUGUAAAGAGAACAGUGCCUGUGCAUGUAAAUGGGAAGGAUGGUCUUGUUGACACGGAAUGUAAGAAUUUGACUGAUAAUAUUAACACAAAGGAGCUAACCAAUACAGUUGGGGAGGAGAUUAAAGCAGUAUCACCAAAGGAACCAGUGAAGUCACUAAUGAAUGGUGACGUCACUCAAGAGUGUCUUAAAGAAUGGACUAAUAGCACGCUUCCCCAGGUGAGUUCGGAUGAGGAGAAAGGAGUUACCAAGCUUGACCCAGAUUAUCCACCACCUCAGAAAGUGGCCAAGUUGGAAAACAACAUCGAAGGACCUGUAGACUCCUCGGUUAGUUCCUCUGUACCCGAACCGUCUUCUGUAGCUUCCGAGCCAAAUGCAAGAUCCGAGGUGCCUAGUCAUAGCUCAAAGGUGGAGCCGAUGCAAGUUGAGGAGGCAAAGCCUCCUGUUCCUUCACCCAUCCCUUCAGCUGAAGAGUCCAGCUUAAGCAGUGACCUCACUGAAAACAGCAGCAGCGUUAGCGAGACUACGACUGUCAUUACUCAAGUCACCACAACUACAACCACAGUAUCCACAGAGUCUCGUAUGGUGUUGACCUCACGUGACAGUCUUGCUUCCAAUAACAGGAUCAGUACAUCUGUACCAACAGAUUCUAAUGUGGAGUCUACCAGCUCGGUUUCGACACUCUCCUCUACAUCUACCACUACUGUUACCAAGGUUAUGAACUCAUCCCAGGAAGCUACUCUAACAAAAGAGUGCAAGACCACGGUCACGAAAACACUGACUGAUGCCGUGUCUAGUCCUAGUGGUUCCACUGUAAAAUCUAUGACAGUAAGUCACGAAUAUUCCACUAGGGACAGGGUACGACUGUUAAAGUUCUCUCGUAUCAAGAAAACAAGGUCCGGAACGGCCUUGCCCUCGUACCGCAAGUUUGUGACCAAGAGUAGCAAGAAGAGUAUCUUCGUGCUUCCCAAUGACGAGCUGAAGAAACUUGCAAGGCGCGGUGGCAUCCGUGAAGUUCCUAUCUUUAAUUAUAACGCCAAGCCAGCUUUAGACAUCUGGCCCUACCCAUCCCCACGACCAACAUUUGGGAUCACAUGGAGGUAUCGUCUCCAGACGGUGAGAUCUUUGGCUGGAGUGAGCCUAAUGCUACGGCUACUUUGGGCCUGCCUCAGAUGGGAAGAUAUGUCUGUGAAACCCUCACCCACAGGAGGAACAACACGAACAGAGACAUCUGACACUGAUAUCACCACCACUGAGAUCAUCAAGCGGAGGGAUGUUGGUCCUUAUGGCAUUCGUUCUGAGUAUUGCAUCAGGAAGAUCAUUUGUCCCCUUGGGGUGCCUGAGACUCCCAAAGAAACUCCCACUCCUCAAAGGAAAGGCCUUCGUUCAAGUGCUCUGAGGCCAAAGAAGCCAGAACCAGCUAAGCAGACUGGGCCUGUUGUGAUCGAAACCUGGGUGGCCGAGGAAGACCUGGAACUCUGGGAGAUUCGAGCCUUUACCGAAAGGGUUGAGAGGGAAAAGGUACAAGCAGCUGACCCAACUAAGGUUAGUGUGCAGAAGAAAGCAGAGGAGGUCAAGGCCCAAUUGGAAGCUCAGCUAAAGCAGCAGAGAUUGGCAGCCCAACAGAAACGGCUGGAACAGCAGAAACCUAGCAGUACCAACAACACAUCCACCUUGACCAGCACCCCUACAACCCCUGGGACCACUACUCAAAAGGUGGUGGUGGGCUCUAUUAGCGGUCAGGUAACUUCAGCGCCAAAAGUUAUAAUGACCACCAAGUUGGGCUCUCCAGUGACAUUCCAGCAAAACAAGAACUUUCAGCAGUCCUUUGCUUCCUGGGUCAAGCAGGGCCAACAAGGCAACUCAGUCUCUACCAGUUCGGUUGUGACAGUGGCGGCGAGUAGCGCCACCACGUCUGGGCAAACGUUCCACAUCGCUGCUGCAGCGGGGUCGAUGGCCGGCAGCGUCAUCGCUGCUAAACUACCUGUUCCAGCCAACAGCAAGAUAGUCACAGUGAACGUGCCAACCACUCAAGGAGGCUUGGUGCAGGUACAGCAGAAGGUGGUGGGCAUCAUUCCAUCAAGCACAGCGGGCACCGCACAGUCCUUCCCUGCAUUCCAGCCGCGUAUGGCCACCAUCAACAUCAGACCCAACACAACCACCUCCACGCAGCAGGUCCUUACGACUGGAACCGCUCUCCGACCAGGGAUGACUGUGAUACGCUCUCCUCUGCAACAGACCACCGCCCUGGGCAAGACUAUCAUUCGCACGCCCCUGAUGGUUCAGCAAGGUCAAGCACAACAGACAGUGCAAACGAGUUCAGGCGCUCAGGUGGUGGGUACGCCUCGCCUUUCCACACCAAACCAAGCCCAAACCCCACAGACACCCUCUUCUCCCCGGCCACAGCAGGGUCAGGUCAAACUCACUCUGGCCCAGCUCACACAGCUCACUCAGGGGGCUCAGGGAGGGAACCAGGGCUUGACGGUUGUGAUCCAGGGGCAAGGUCAGACCACCGGCCAGCUGCAGGUCAUUCCUCAGGGGGUGACGGUCAUUCCGGGGGCCGGUCAGCAGCUCAUGCAGGCAGCUAUGCCCAAUGGCCAAGUCCAGCGGUUCCUGUUCACACCCAUGGCCCCUGCACCAGUGUCUGCCCCCGCUGCCCCCUCCACAACAACCUCAUCAGGCAUCCCAGCCACAGCUGCACCAGCUGCAGCCACCAGCACAACUCCAGCACCCAUUCAACCAGAUGAUUACAAGGUGGCUCAGAAGCAGAAUGUGGCCAUAGAGCAGUUGAAACAGAAGAAAACCAUGACUCCUGCUGAAAGAGAGGAGAACCAGAGGAUGAUUGUCUGUAACCAGGUGAUGAAGUUCAUCCUGGAUAAAAUCGAUAAGGACGAGAGGCAGGCGGCCAAAAAGAGGAAACGGGAGGAGUCUGUGGAGCAAAAGCGCAGCAAGCAGAACGCCAGCAAGCUGUCAGCUCUGCUCUUCAAACACAAGGAGCAGCUCAAGGCUGAUAUCCUGAAGAAAAGAGCUCUGCUUGAUAAAGAACUACAGCUGCAAGUGCAGGAGGAGUUGAAGCGCGAUCUCAUUAAACUGCGGCGGGAGAAGGAGAAAGCUCAGGCUGCGGCUGCACAAGCUGCAGCAGCUGCCGCCAGCGCACACGUGCACAGCGGGCUCUCCUCGUACACGGCCACGGUCACGUCCCCCUCCGCGCACAAACGCAAGCGAGAAGAGGAGAGAGACACCUCCAAGUCCAAGCGCAAAAAGAUGAUCUCCACUACCUCAAAGGACAGCAAGAGGGACAUCAAGUUAUACUGCAUCUGCAAGACGCCUUACGAUGAGUCGAAGUUCUACAUCGGUUGUGACCUCUGCUCUAACUGGUAUCAUGGAGAGUGUGUGGGCAUCACCGAGAAAGAGGCCAAGAAGAUGGAUGACUACAUUUGUUCAGAAUGUAAACGAGCUCAGGAGGGAAGCACAGAGGAGCUCUACUGCAUCUGCAGAACUCCAUACGACGAGUCCCAGUUCUACAUCGGUUGCGAUCGCUGUCAGAACUGGUACCACGGGCGCUGCGUGGGCAUCCUACAGAGCGAAGCUACACAUAUCGACGAGUAUGUGUGUCCGCAGUGCCAGUCUACAGAGGAUGCCAUGACGGUCCUGACGCCGCUCACAGACAAAGACUACGAGGGGCUGAAGCGGAUCCUGCGCUCCUUACAGUCCCAUAAGAUGGCGUGGCCAUUCCUGGAACCAGUGGAUCCAAAUGAUGCUCCAGAUUAUUAUGGGAUCAUCAAGGAACCAAUGGACCUUUCUACAAUGGAGGAGAGGAUCCAGAAGCGCUUUUACAGCAAACUCACAGAGUUCGUAGCGGACGUGACCAAAAUCUUUGACAACUGCCGCUACUACAAUCCCAGCGACUCGCCUUUUUACCAGUGUGCUGAGUUCCUGGAGUCUUUCUUUGUACAGAAACUCAAAGCUUUCAAAGCAAGCAGGUCUCAUAACAACAAACUACAGUCAUCAGCCUCAUAGAAUACAACCACAUGCUGUUCUAAAUAAACUCUGAACAUUUCAUUCAAGAUGGAACUCUGUCCCAGUCAGCCAGCACCGCACAUAGCCACAGCGUUUGGUGGAAUAUCGGACAUAAAUGCUGUGGGUUCGGAUCAAGAAUGGACGGUUUACAUGUUUGGUUGUUAAAGCAGUGAGUUUAGACUGGGAUGCUCUCCUAUUGGAUUUCUUUGAGGAUUAAAUCCCUACAAAAAAUGUAUUUGUGAGUUUUUAAAACCCCUCCGGAAUCAUGUUCGCAUUUUCCAGGACAGCAGGAGUCUAUCAUGGUGCACCAGUUGUUUUUUUCCCCCCCUUUAUAUGAUUCAGCAUACUACUACAGAAGUGGAAUGUGGACGCAAUCUGCUAAUUGGUUUUUAAGCAAUGGGGUUGAUCAAGUUACUUAAACUAAGAAAGUGUUGCUCUAAAAAUGCAUUGAGGACUGAUGAAAGUACUAGUCAAGAAGGUAUCCUGUUUGUAUAACUUGUCUUUCUUUCUUUUUUUUUUUUGUAUUACAACUGAAGAAAUAUUGAUGUAUAUGAAACAAAUAAAUGGAGGGGACAGGAUUCUCUCUUCUACAUUGA